AUGACUCACCUCGAGGCACUGUGCAAAAAACUCGAGCACUACCGCCCGCCCGCCUCGGGUUUGCACCAGCAGCCGUCAGCCUCCUUUGCCAACAAAUUCGCGUCCUUUUUCCAUCGAGCAAAGCCCGAGCACCCCGCUCCCAAAGGUAUUUACCUGUACGGCGAUGUCGGCUCUGGCAAGACCAUGGUCAUGGACCUGUUUUACCACGCCCUGCCUUCCAGCAUCAAGAAGCGUCGCGUGCACUUUCACGAGUUCAUGUUCGAUGUGCACUCUCGAAUCCAUGCCUGGAAGGAGCAGAUGGCGCGAGAGGGUAUCACGUCGAUUGGAGGCAAGCUCGAUCCGAUUCCUCCAGUUGUGGACCAGCUUUUCGGGGAAGCCUGGCUGUUGUGCUUUGACGAGUUCCAGUCGCUUGUUCGGCCAGCUGAUGGCUCGUGGUGCCGUCAUCGUGUCUACAUCCAACCGUGCGCCCAAAGGUUUGUCCACGGAACAGUUCAAGUUUGCCUCUUUGCGUUUUGUUUGACCUUCUCUCACACCGCCGCACUCCUUUUCUUUGCUGCGUUAGAUCUGUACAAGAAUGGUUUGCAACGCCAGGGAUUCCUCCCCUUUAUCGCCCUUGUCGAGUCGAAAUGCAACGUGUACCAACUCAGCUCGGGCAUUGACUACAGGAAGGUUGCUCGGCCAAGCUCCAACCUCUUUUUGUCGCCCGACAACAGCAAAGACCCUGAUGCCGAUGUGUUUGCCAUCUUUAACAAACUGGCCGAAGAAGAGCACGGCUUUGUCGCUCCGGCCAGUCUCAGUGUCUUUGGCCGUACCGUCAACGUGCCUGCUGCCUGUGGCGGCGUGGCCAUGUUUGACUUUACCGACCUCUGCGUCAAGCCGCUGAGCGCUGCGGACUAUCUCGAAAUCAUCAAGCACUACCACACCAUCGUAAUUCGUCAGAUUCCUCGGCUGACUUUUCUCCAGAAGGAUUCUGCUCGCCGUCUGAUCACUCUGAUUGACGCCAUGUACGACAACAAGGAAACGCAGUGGUCCAAUGUUUUUGCUGACAUGCUCCGUCUGCAGAUCAAGCUCGUGGCAUCGGCGGCAGGCACGCCCUUUGAAAUUUUCAAUCUGCGCGACACCAAAGCCUCUCAGUUUGUGGAUAAUCGCGAGCUCAUGGACGGCCUGGGUGUGACAAAGGACGCUGCGGCAGACAUUUCCAUCUUCAACGGAGACGAAGAGAUCUUUGCGUGCGAGCGAGCCAUCUCUCGCCUGAUUGAAAUGCAGUCGCUGGCCUUUUGGCAGGAAGCCCAUCGUCGUCACGAAUCCCGGCAGCAAGCAUCGGCAUGA